CCCGGAUAUACACUGCUGUCAUUCUGCCACACACGACAUUGAUAUGACAACGUCAGGGAGUCGGGGACACUUGCUGUGACUCAAUGAAAUGGGACAUAUUCAGAGUCAAUAAUAAAAAAAAAAACAGAUAUGGGAAAUAUUGUGAAAAAUGCUGCAAAACCCAAUAAUGUUGCUACGUGUCACACAGGUUCAGAAAGCGAUUUUCUAGCCGUUCUUUAUGAUUAUCCUUCGGCGGAUGUGAGUGAACCUAUCUUUCAUUUUGGAGAAAAGUUGCGAGUUGUAUCUGAUGAAGGAGGGUGGUGGAGAGCCAUUUCACUGAGAAGUGGCCGAGAGAAUUACAUCCCUGGGAAAUGUGUGGCUAAAGUUUACCAUGGAUGGUUAUUUGAAGGGGUCGGGAGAGAAAAAUCAGAGGAACUUCUACAAUUGCCAGAUACCAAAAUCGGAUCAUUCAUGGUACGGCAAAGUGAAACUAAGAAAGGUUCUUACUCCUUAUCUGUGAGGCACCGACAAGUAAAACAUUACAGGAUUUUCCGACUUCCAAACAACUGGUAUUAUAUUUCCCCAAGACUGACUUUCCAAUGUCUGGAGCAUCUUGUUAAUCACUAUUCAGAAAAUGCUGAUGGACUCUGUUGCGUUCUAACUACUCCUUGCCUUACUUUUCAAUCUACGAACCACAUGGAGGUAUUGAGAGGCCAUGAUCCACCAGUCGUAAGAAGACGUAGGCCAUUCGAUUGGAAGAAUACAAAAAGGGUUCCAUUGACCAUGGAAGAUCCGGAUAAUACAUUGGACCUGGACGAUACGUUUCUCAGCUUUGGCCUCAGACAAAGCAUUGCUUCAUACAUCUCGCUAGCAGGAGAUGAAACUUACUCCCUAACGAGCAACGAUAAGAAAACAAAAUGCCACAGCAAAAUCAUAGCUGGCUUAAAUAGAGACCACAUGACAUCAUUCAGAGCAAAUUAUACUCAAGACUACACAUGAGAAAACAUUUUGAAAUUGAAAAGUCAACCUACAUUUGAAUUUAGCUUUUUUGUGUGAAUUCUACCUGCUGCACAGAUAUUUACCUCAGCAAAGUGCUAACAGUCCGUCAUUUAAGAAAAACUGUUGAAUGAACGAAAUGUAUUGGGACAAAGAAAUCUUAUGAAAACAUUUUCCUGCUGAGAAAAUAAUUUAUUAAAAAAAAAAAAAAAUCGCACAAAAAAAAAUAUUGGUCACGUCUUGGCUUUUAAUGCUUUUUUUACGGACAAAUUGCUUGAAUCCUACAUUCAUGGAAGACUCAUAGAGACUCAUUAAGAAAAUCAUCAAAUGAUCGUGGAAAAUAACAUUUUAGCAAGUGAUCAACUUAAAUCAAUCUUGUUCAAGCAGGCAAGAAUAAAUAAUAAUGUAACAUUUAAGCAAGUUUUAUAAAAAGCUUAGAAUCUUUAUAUUUUUAUUCCACCAAGACAAAUGUAUAACAUGUUUUUGCACUUCAAUGUACCAUUAAUAAUCACAGAAUUCUAAAUUAGUGUGACGCGUACCUUUAUGAAAAGGGGUUAAAAGGGACACUGCAAGAACUGUAACUGCUUCAUCUCAUUUAAGUGGUUAAGGUAUCUGGAGUGGUGCUUUCCUUCCAUUUAGCAUUAGAUAAUUUUUAAUUCUAUACAAUAGUCCCAAGCAGCCAUCUGCUUUGGGCUGCUUGCGCUAAUGAGGAAGCAUUAUAGACAGGUUUGAUUGGUUGGGAGUGUACCCAUUGCUGGUACGAAUUGGUAUGGCUUGAAGGAAGUGUGCAAUCUCUGCCUUAGCCAAACCUUCAGCUUGGUCUGGGCUAUGGACUGCAAAGGAUCCUCAUGCAAGACAUUGCUUGAAAAUUAUUUAACACUGAAUUGAGGGACAGUGCCAGAGGACUCCAGGUACCAUAACCACUUCAGAGAGAUGAAAUGUUAAAAUUGCCUACAGUGUCUAUAUAGAUUGUAUCAUAUUAAGUUACAAUCUGUAGCUUCCCAUUCCAGGUGUAAAUAUAGUUUACAGUCUAAAACAAAUUAAUUUAUCACUGAUGUCUAAGAAAACCACAAAGGAAUUUACUGUUAUUUUGUCACCUUAACCCCAUCACCCAUUUACACUUUCAAAAUCUUCUUUUAUCUAUUGCCUAUUGUUCAUUAUUUUUCCCUACAAAGAUGUGAGCAAAAUACAAAGGAUUCAUGGUAAAUCUGACUAAAUUACUUUUAGAAUCUUGAUAAUCCAUACACCCGUCUUUCUCAUACUGGAACAUUCUCCUACUGAAACCUAACUAUUGUCAUUUUCUUUUUAAAAUAAUUUCAAGUGACAACAGGCACUCCUGGUAUAUUGACUAUUGCCUUUGAAUUAUCUCUCAAAAUAAACUGAUUCCCCUUUGUAAAAG